AUGGCGUCUGGAAUUAAUGUGGGAGAUUGGCGUGCAAUACUCGUCCUAGUGUUUUUCUUAUUCUCCAAUGCGGCGGUUAUCUUCCCGGUUCGCAUUCCGGUUCCACAUACAAUUCUAAGUAAGGCCCGAGCCGCCCUCGUAGCUCUUGGGAUCGUUACCCCUCGAACUGAACCUCUGAAGAGAGCUUUCUUUCCGCUGAACUUUAUCUCUGCACCACUGCUUUCUGUCCUCGUUUUACUGGCUUCUGGUGCUAUCAAUGGAGCUGUCGUACGCGACGGAAUCGUCGGCGCCAAUGGUGUCAAGCCACUCGAUAUCAUGGCUUUGUUCAUUUCUCUAGCAUACUUGUCCAUAUCACUGGAUGCUACAGGUCUCCUGCGCUUUCUGGCCUUCUGGGUUGUUCAGAAGGGGGGUUCCUCCGGGCGCAAACUGUUUACAUCCCUCUACGCUUUCUUUCUGGUCUGCGGUGUCAUCGUUGGAAAUGACCCAGUUAUUCUUUCUGGCACGGCAUUCUUGGCUUAUCUCACCAGGGUGUCUGGGAUUGUCAACCCAACCGCAUGGAUAUUUUCCCAAUUUGCGGCAGCCAAUAUGGCAUCAGUAGUUUUAGUAUCUUCGAACCCCACAAAUUUAGUAUUAUCGGGUGCAUUUUCGCUCUCCUUCACCACUUACACGGCCCACUGCAUUCUCCCGUUUCUCGGUGCCGCCAUCAGCGUUUAUCCCAUACUCAUUCUGGGGCUUUUCCGUUCUCGCGACCUGAUUCCCCGCUCAAUCAACUUGGAUCCGACGGUAGUCGACGACAUGGGAGAUACUCUCGUCGACAAGAAGGGAGCCAUUUUCGGUAGUGCUCUCCUUCUUGUCACGUUAAGCGUGCUUGUAGGCACAAGCACCAUCGGCGUUCCUGUCUGGGAAGUCACUGUCCCGCCUGCGGUUGUCAUGCUCUUGCGCGAUACCCACCACGAUUGGGCGAGGAGAAGCCGGAUUUUGCGUAAUGGAGUUCAGACGCCACAAGCUGUACAUGGAGGAACUGAUAGAACGAAAUUUGAUGGUCCGGUGAUACUACGAGGGGAAAUCGAGGUAGAGAAUCUUUCUGUUCCGUUUGUUUCGCGAUCAUAUUCAGUCCAGGAGGAGCAAGGGAGAGCACCGAUGACACUGUCUACAAUUGCAACGAAAUACACUCAUCGCUUCUCGACAACGUUCCCUACCGUCACGGCUGUUGCACGAAGACUUCCAAUCUCACUAUUGCCUUUUGCUUUUCUCAUGUUCAUCCUCGUGCAGGGCUUAUCGACACAAGGAUGGGUGGAGGUUUUAGCGCAGUGGUGGGCUGCAUGGGUUGACAAAAUUGGUGUCCUAGGUGCGAUUGGUGGUAUGGGUUUCAUCGCGUGUAUAUUCUGCAAUGUUUGCGGCACCAACAUCGGUGCUACUAUUCUCCUUGCGCGGGUUAUACAGGUGUGGAUCUCAGGCGGUACAGGCGAAUCACUUAAUCCUCGUUCGAGAGAGGGUGCCAUCUAUGCCCUCGCGCUAGGAUCAAACUAUGGGGCUAUCACGCUCACAUUCUCAGCCUCUCUCGCAGGGCUUCUUUGGCGUCGUAUCCUGCAACAAAAGGGCAUUCACGUCCGGCCAAUGCAAUUCCUCAGAAUCAAUUUCUUAAUCGCACUCACUGCAAUGCUCGUAUCCUCUGCAGUCCUCGUAGGCCAGGUGUACGUUAUAUAUAGAAACAAUUAA